GAAAUUGCUUUUACUUUUUUGAUGUUUUCACCUCUGGCAAAAGGCAAUGGCUCGUGGGAUGGACAUUUUGAGGAUGAGGUUUUCGAUUUUUUUUUAAAUUAAUAAAUUAUAAACUACUGUGAUUGCAAAUCAAACUUUAUACAAAUACAAAUAUGUCAAUGAAAUAAAAUCGAAUUAUUAUAUUAUAAGAUGCUUUGAUUUGGAGCAUGUUAUGUGUUUUUAAAAGUUGUGGGCUGGAGAUUAAUUAUAUAUAGUGAUCGCAUUUUGAAAUAAUACUUCUAAGUGUGUGAUCGCGUUUGACCCUUUGUGCUCCUACUGUGAUGAAAGCUUUGUAACCUUUGUUUAUGACAUGGAAGAGAGGGGAGCUAAUUAUUAACUCAUUAACGUCCAACAGGUUUUUAAGCCAUUAACCAUGCACCAACACAUUCCACUUGGGGAGUAAAUCGUCUGCAGUUAGAUAGAGUUAAAUAAACAAAUUGUUAACCCAUUGAGCUGCAAUGUGCCCGCCAGUGCGCCCUACUUUUUUUUUACUUGUCUAACACCAGACAAUAUUACUCGUCAAUGGGGAAGCUCUGCGGCUUAAUGGGUUAACCAAAAAAUCUGACAAUGUCUCUACUUAACCCAUUGAGCCGUAAUGUGCCCCAGUGCGCCCUACUUAUUUUUUUUACUUGAAUAAUGCCAGUCGAUAUUACUCGUCAAUGGAAAAGCUCUGCGGCCUAAUAGGUAAAGUGCAUUAGACGUGCCGGCACACUGGUUUAAUUGCAUGGGUAAUGAAAGACAUGGGCAGAUAGUCUGGUUAAGCCAUUAAUGCCCAACACUUCCUCUUGACAAGUAAAAUUGUCUGGUGUUAGACAGAGUAACAAAAUACUGUAAGAGGCAUACAGCACAUGGUCGCUUAAUGGGUUAACAUUACAUUUUAACAUCAACCUUUCAAUUUAGUCGACAUUUGACAACCUAUUUCCAUCCAUUCACCAAACGUCAAUCCACAAGGAUGCCACGCUACCUCAGAUAGACACAAGUGAUUUAACUAAAGCACAAGAUCCCGCCAUUCAACUGCCAAAGACAUUUCUUACACGGAAAGGUGCAAUUUUGUUGUUUGCACAAAAUGGAAAACAAAACGUAUACGAACGAAGAAAGCAAAUUAGGAAUGAUGAAAAAAUCAAUUUAGUUAACGUUGAAGAGCAAAUGCCACAAGGUGAAAAAAGAAAAUUAUUUUUGGAGUUUCUUGACGUGUUUCUCAAAGAUCAAACAACAAAUAAACAAACUAUUUCUCAGCCAAUCAAUCUCAAAGAAAAUAAUUGGAUAAGGUAUGUGAAGACUUAUUUUUAGUUGGAAAAUGAAUGUCCUGGUUUGUCCACCUUCGGGAAACAUGGCUGGGAAAAUAAUGUUUCCUUGUUUGCCCACCUUCAGGAAACAUGACUAGGAAACAAUGUUUCCUGGUUUGUCCACCUUUGGAAAACAUGACUAGGAAACAACGUUUCCUGGUUUGUCCACCUUUGGAAAACAUGGCUAGGAAACAUUGUUUCCUGGUUUGUCCACCUUUAGAAAACGUAUGUGGCUGGGAAACAAUGUUUCCUGGUUUGUUCACCUGUUUGGGAAACAUGGCUUCCUUGCAAUCUGUUUAUUUUAGUGACCAACAGUAUGACGAAGAGCAAACAGAAAACGUCUUCAAAGUUCUAUCUCGUCCAAAAUCAAUCAACUCAUUCUACAACCACGAAAUUCACGUCAAGAGACAGAAAGCAAGACCAAAGACUGCAGUUCCAGGAAAUGUCCUACCUAGCGAACCAGAACAGCCCAAGGCACAUCCAAGAAUAACCAGCGGCAAACCUUGUCCUCCAACACGAGGUAUGAUAAACGAACAAUGAUGGUCUGGAAGCCAGGCAAACUUCAAAGCUAUAAAAUAGAAGAGCUUUGUUUGAUGUUGAAAUGUACCUCACCAUGCACAAUUCCUUUGUCUCAACUUCAUUAAAUAUUAUUCAUCGUGGUUGCACAUUUCAUCUCAGCUAUCCCUAUUGGACGAUUACUUCAUUUACGAAAAUACAAUGAGCUAAAUCACUGUGACCCUGCACAAUUUAACAUAAACUUAGACAAAAACAUAAUAUAAUGACUUGUGUUUAGUUUCCAGACCAUAUCUUGAUAGAUCAUGCUACCAGUUAUCUCCAACUAACCAACUUACUAAUAUUAAGUAAACGUAUUUUUCCUCUAUAGCACUAGGGAAGCUUCCUUCCAAAAACACACGUUCUGAAUUUGACAAAGAAAAGACGCCCAGUUACCUUCAGCCACCUUCAAUAGAAAAUCACCAGACUUUUGUCACAAGACAACUCACAACUCCAAACUAUAGUACAACCAAUGAAAUGGUUAGUAAUAUUGCAAGUAUGUUACUGUAUAGAAUAUUUACUCGGACUACGGGUCAGCUCGUGUAUAUUCAGGUAGCCUAGCGACUAUCGAUGUUAUAAAGACUACCUCAUACAAUGGAAAUUAACAUUAUUUUCCCACGUUAGUAACUGCAGAUUGACCUAUCUGCUGUAAAAAGCUAUAGGUCGAAACCUAUCGCUACCAUUGGCCAAGCACGCAUGUGAUUGGUUAAUCGGGCAGAUCAAACGCAUCUGAUUGGCCCCUAAAAAAGAGACGAAAAAAAGGCCCCCCAUUAAAAGGACCCUUUAUGGCAGCGGUAGUGGAAGUCAAAUCUGAACCUCUCUAUCCUUAGGUUCAAGACGAUCGAAUUAGUAUCCCAAGACCAAACUCCGAAUGUCAUUUCGAGCGAUCCGAAAGAGUUAGCCGAGCAGCAUCAAGCAUGUCAAGAUACUCAACAUGGUGGGCUAUGGAUGACGUGUCACUAAGUUACUAUGACAACGAGCACCAAGAUGACGAUGAUCACGACCCAGAGUGCAUUGAAUGUAUGUCUGAACAACGAAGUGAGAUUGGUUGUAUGUCCACGUCAGACCACAUGUCAGACAUUGAGGCUAACACAGGCAAGUACUCAGGCAAGUACCAACUUAACCGUUGGAGGAAGAAGAUUUUCGACUCAGACUCGGUAAUUCGGUUUCCUGACUCAUUUUUCUUCAGUUUACUUAGUGGAAGAAUUGAGUCAAUUAAAGAUGAAACAGGUGCAAUUUUUAUUGACCAAGAUCCUGAUGCCUUUUUGCCGAUCUUGAAUUUCUUGAGAACCAAAGAAUUAGAUUUAAGGCGUUUAGAUUAGAAAGUUGUCAAGCAUGAAGCUGAUCUUUAUGGAAUUACUCGUCUUACUCCACUUGUGAAACGUCUUACUCUGUGUGAGGACAUCAGUGGGUCAAAGUGUGGCAAUUUUUAUUUUUUAGGGCAACCCCUAAAUAUCAAAGAUUGGUUUUCUUUGAUAUUGCAUUGUAAGUAAUCGCGAUCGCAGUAGGGUUAGGGAUUAGAACAUGGAAAAUGAGCAAGUCCUUUUCUGGUACACCCAGAUAUACGUUUUCAUUUUUUUCUCAAAAUGUUCAUCUGUAAUAUUUUAAAGGUUCUACAAAACGAGCAUCAUCUACUCCGGACAUUCAACAAAGCAAAUAUAUUGAUUUGACGUUAGAACUUCAUGUGGACGAUGCUUUCAGUGUUGAAGAAAAUGAAGAAGAAUGUUUCUCUCCAAAUUGGGCUUCAAAACGUGAUUCACAACCACAAGCAAAUUUGAACAAGGAGUUGAAUGCGUUUUCUACCAGUUAUAAAACUGGGGAUGUAGUUUCUGAAACGUUUAGAGAUGUUUGGUGUGAAGAGAGUUACGCGGAGCAGCCGAGUAAGAGCCGUAUUAAAAGUGCGCCAUGUUUAGCAAAAAGGAAUGAACCGAGCUUUCGGAGAAAAGUUCUCAGCGCAGGUACGGAAUGUCAUGAAUCUUGUUUGGGGAUUGACCUUGUUAAUUAUGUUGUGUUGUCCUGUAUUAUCCUGUACGUUUUCUAUGUUUUGUCUGUGGUUAUUCUAUGCGUAAGACUUAUCAAUUAUUUCUAUGUCUCCACCUAAAAAUCUAUCUCGCUCUUAAAAAUCUUUCGCCAUCACUUUUUACAAACCUAAGAAGCCCUUCAACCUCCGUUUCCAAUUUUCUUAAAAUUUAUUUCCAUUUAGGUCCAAACAGACCCCACACGUCAAGAAUGCUCUACAGUGAACACGAAACAAUCGCACCGACACCCUUAGAAAAUUCUUCCAUUCGAAUCCCAAGCGCAGAAAGUUGUUAUGACAAUGACGAAGACACUAUUUCUGUAUCGGAAGACGUCUCAGAAAAACCAUAUUUUGCCCAGUAUAGGACUGACCCUGGGGUGCUGGAAGAAAAUAGUGAUACUGAAUCAACCAAUCAGAGAUUUUCUGCUAUGAUUCCAACCUCAUCUCCAGGGUUUUCUCUUUUUUCGCGCGGUGAUGAAGGCUCUGGAUACGAAGUUGAAACCAAAGAUGACUCGGACAAUUCUACGAAAGUUGCUUUAGAAAAUACAAAACUUCCUAAACAGGAUAUUACAAAACCUGCUGAACAGGAUUCGAAAACUACCACACAGGAUACAAGAACUGCUAAAACGAAUAUAAAAUCUGCAAAACAGGAUAUGAAACCUGCUAAACAAGAUAUGAAACUUGCUAAACAAGAUGUGAAACCUGCUAAACAAGAUAUGAAACCUGCUAAACAAGAUAUGAAAUCUGCUAAACAAGAUAUGAAAUUUGCUAAACAGGAUGCAAAACCUACUAAACAAGAUAUGAAACCUGCUAAACACGAUAUGAUACCUGCUAAACAGGAUGUAAAACCGGCCAGAGAAGAUAAUAGCUUGGAUUCAGAGGUUACAGAACUCCAAAUAUCUGAGGUUUCCCCAACUAAAGUCCAAACAUAUCAAACUCUUAACAAUGAAGUUAACCAAGAGCAAGUCUUGAGCGAUGAAUCUAAUAUUAUUGAGUCUCAGGACACAGACUUGAGUAAUGGGAGUCAAAGGGAGAUCAAUAAUGGCGUCCCGUCUAUAGUUUUGUCAUCUGAAGGGAAUCCUAGUAGUAAAGAUGAUAGAGAAGUUGAUGCAACGGCUAAAGAAAUUGAAGAGUCACUCAGCUCUGGUAGUGACGACGAUGAUAGUGUAGCUGGUCUUCCCAUUGAGGAUGACGAUAUCGAAACUAAAGCCCGUGGUACUGAAGAAUUAUCUGAAGCAAAUCAUCAAAAAGACGUAACAGACAUAACAGAGCCUCAGCAAGAUAUAACAGAGCCUCAGAAAGAUAUAACAGAGUCUCAGCAAGUUGAUGGUGUCAGAGAAGGUGAAGAAAUACCCGUGAAAAACUCAGAUACAGUUGACCUGACUGAGACAUCUAAGUCACUGCGUUCCGAUGUUGUUGAAGUUCAAAAAUUAUCUGAAACAACUCUCAACACAGAUGAUUCGGAAAUUCAUGUCCGUGAAAUUCAAUUAUUAUCGCAGAGGAAUGUGAAGACAGAUGAACGAAGUGAAAAAGCAGAAACUCAGCAUUCUGGUAAAGUACGAUCAUUUAGUGGUGAUACGAAUUUUCAAACGAAUAAAAUACCUGAAAACGCUCAGAUUUCUAGUAUUGUACAGUCAUCUAAGUUGAUUUCAGAAUCACGUGAUAAAUCUCGGCCAAUCAAAUGGCAAGAAUUGGAAGACAAUGGUUUAGCAGAUACACAAAAGAUGAAAAAUCAAAGUAAUAUCGAUAUUCGGAAAGAUUCAGUUUCAAGUGAAAAAAAUUCCGAUAGCAAGAUAAACGAUAAUCUACGAGAGAAAUCUAAGCUUGAUGAAAAAUCUACGAGGAAAGAAAAGGGGAAAGGAGCAAAGGCAGAAAAGCCGAAGGGAGACAAGCUAGAUAUCCAAGGUGUUGGGAAAGCGGACAACACGACGAUUGAAGCGAAAGAUAAAAUGGAAAUAAAUGCUCAAAAUAAAGUGGACCUGUCGGAUUUGUUUGCGAAGAAAUCCAGCAACAAAACUGUUAAGGUGAGAUACUGAUGGGUUGAACUUUUGAUAUUGAUGGGUUGAACUUUUGAAGUUUCAAUGAGAUUUUCUGUUUGAUCAACCAAUAGUAGCUUAUGCUGAUAGCCAACCUGUGAUGAACUACUGUUCCAUUCAGGAACAUUUCAUCGUUUCAUCUGUUUACCAUGACUAUAGAAACUGGCCACUAAUAAUAAUAAUAAUAAUAAUAAUAAUAAUAAACUUUAUUUGAUGAGGGUAAAUAUACAUUUUUACCUAUGAAGGUAUUCUACCAAAUGGCCCUCUAAAAAUUAGAUAACCUACAGUAUUUACAAUAUAUACAAAGAAGCAAGACUAUAGUUGCAUUUGACACAGCACAUGGGACUAUACAACUUAUAGUACCAAAUACGAAAAUAACUGUAUUACUAAGCAUGCAUAAUGUUGUUGUUUUUUUUAGUUUUGACAAUAUAAGUUAUUAAAAAUUAAAAGAAAAUUCAGUGCGAGUAACAAAUGCACGUAACUAGGUUUUUGCAAGAAAGACACGAAAAUUGUUCAAGAUGGUCAACCUUAUGAUUAAGAUUAGAGAAAAACCUCUUAACUUUACGCUUAUACGCAGACGGGGAGUAAUCGUUAAACACUUUCAGGUCAUUUGGUAAAGAAUUGAAAAGUAAAACACCACUGUAUGAGAGUUUGGUCUUGGAAAGAUUAGAUUUGACAGAUGGUAUUUUGAGAUCAGUAACAGAGGAGCGAGUAUAUACAUCGUGCGAUGCCCCAGAGAAACAAAACAACUCGCGCAGAUCACUAGGAGAUGAGCUGCGCAAGGUGCUUACAACGAGUAAAACUGUUUUGGAGAAGGUUUCAACUUUAACAUCAAUCUUUUUUAUAGAAAACAGCAUUAGCAAAGAAAGCGAAAUCGCCCAAAACUGCUCGAAAAUCUAUCCCAGCGUCUGACCAGACUCCAGAGCCAGAAUCCAGUCUUGAUAUGAUUCCUACAGUCGAUGAAAACCUUCUCAAGAUGAUUGAAAAUCCGGACGGCAGUCUGGAACUUAGCGAAGAAACCUUGAAUCAGUUUGCACCGGUGGGAGAUUUUCAGGAUCCUGACGUGCUUUUUGUGUUGGAAGAUAAGUCCAUCAAAACUUCAGGUAAGCCCUGGGAACGAUGUUAGAACUGUGACGUCAUACUAUGACGUCAUACUAUGAAGUCAUAAUAUGACGUCAUAAUGACGUAAUAGAGAUGAGAUAUUGAGGUGGCUGUUAUAUCUGUUUUGUCGUUAAAAGUUAUUUUGAAUUAUAACAUUUCAAUUCAAACGAUAUUAAAUCACUGGAGAGCCCGUAAGAACUUCAUUUAACCACGCUAACUUUGUCAGUUAAAGCUACUUUCCACAAUUGGCGUGUAAAAACGAAAGAAACAAGUAAAAAUACUAGGAACACGUCAGAAUUAUUUGCAAGUAUGAAUUUUCAGGAUUUUAAAAGCGAUGAGCAGUGAUUUUUUUCCGGCUGUAGCACUGUCAUAAAUCUCUUUCCCAAACUGUGGCUGUUACUACGACUAACUCGAUAUGUUUCCACAAACAAGAGUUUCCUAACAAUUUUUUUAAAUUCUAGAUGGCUUUUCUCCAUCCAAACUUAAGAGAGGCGGCAAGAAAGCGGGAAGAUCGGGCAAGAAGAAAGGGAGAGUGAUUGACAGCAAUGCGCGCGAAACACAAAAAGCUGCUGGGGAAGAAAGAAAAAUAAAAAUGGCGGAAGAGAAAGCCAAACAGGAUGAAGAAAUGAAGUUGUUACAAGAAAGAGAAGAUGAACAAAGGAGGUUAUUGGAAGAAGCACAAGAUAAACAAAAGUAGGAGUUUGCCAUUUUACAUGUUUACAGUAUAUUGCAUGUUGUUCAAGAUUUUUUAAAAUAACCCGAUGAUGCAGAAAUAAAUUACGGGAACCAAUGAGUAUUUUGAUAAAAUACAAAACAAUAAAUACUCCGAUAUACCCGUAUUAAAGAGCAUUCUUCUCCUGACUCUUCUGAAAUAUAUAACCCUAUUACUAACUGUAAUGAAUUCAAUUUUGUAAAAAACCUACUCGAACUAACACCUAAUGACGAAGUUAAUAACAUUAAAUCAGUAACAGAUUUAAUAUUUACUAACACCAAGAUAAUAGAUAAAUCCAAUCACUGGUCGUUGAUACUUUAUCAAGAGUCUAUUGCUAUUAAUAGAAUGAAACCGUCCCUAAACCCUGGAACUAAAGCCUCUAAAGAUCUAUUAAUAUUUAACUAAUCGUAUCUUGUUACUUCACUAUAUAUAUAUACUUGUACAUAUGUAAUAUCAUCAUCAUUCAUUUCCUGAUGAUGACUAUAGUUUAGUCGAAACGUCGAAAUAAAUUUUUCAAAAUGCUUUCAAUUUUCGGAGUAUCUAUUGUUUUGUAUUUUAUGCAGAAAUAAAAUUAUACUGUAUUAGAAACUUGUCCUCUGACACAUUGGGCUUGACAAUUCGGUAAUCCCAUAUUUAAUGAUGUUUAUUUUAAAGUGAUGAUUUUUUGAUGAUCUAGAACAAUAGAAGAGGAGCGAGACAAGCGUUUGGCCCAGGAGACUGAGGCGAGGAGACAGGAAGAGGAAGCUGAGCUAACUUUGAAAGAAGCCAAAAGAAAAGCUAAAGAAGAGCGGGAGAAAAGGUACUUGUCCCGAGUAUGAAUUGCCUCUUAUGAUUGGUCGCACAGCAGGUAUUGUGUCUAUCUUUAUCACCCUUUCAUCUCUUCCAAAAUGCUUGUCUUAUCAAUUUCGCUACACGUGAAUAGAGUGCUUCUCUGACCUAACAAGAGAUGACCCUAACUGUUCCUGUAAGGGAGAAUGGUUUAGAACUGAUAUAACUAUCCAGUGUAAAUGAAGUUAGAUAAUUAAGAUAAUUAAGCUUAAGUUUUUACAGAUAUACCCAGUGGAAAUCAAGGGCUAGCUCUGAUUGUAUCUCCAGAGAGAACAGUUUAGAACUGGAGCUAUCAAGUAUAAAGUUAAUUUAGUUUUUCACACUGAUGUGGCUGCUAGAAUAUUGCAACGACUUGUUAAAUUUUUGCUGUCGGUAUUUCAGACGCGAAGAGGAAGCAGAAAGAAGGAGGAUGGAAGUCCAAAGGAAACGAGAGGAGAAAAGAAAACGCGAAUUAGAAAUUCAGAAACGAGAACAGGAACUUGAGAAACAACGCGUGGAUCGUGAAGAGAGGAUGGCAGAACUUCAAGCACAGAAAGAAAGAGAACUGGAGCUGGAAAGAAUUGCAGAGGAACAGAGACAAGACGAGGAAAGGUUAGUAGAAAAAAAUCAAGGAUAUUUGUCUUUAGACUGUAGUGUCUUAGACACACCCCUCUCAUGAUUGACAUAUUAGGGAGCUUAAGAUACACCAAAUCUACGACGCGGAUGUGACAAGAAACUGUCGCUAUUAUCACAGUUUCACUUCACGAGUACAAACUAUGGAUUUGUGUUGGUGAGCAAAGCCAGGGACACGAGAAAAACAAAGUAAAACUAGUCUCCAAUUAUUACCGACUGUUUUUUAGUCGCGGCCGCGUCGCAGAUUUGGUGAAUCUUAAGUUCCCCAUUAUAGAACAUUAGGAGACAAUGAGGUUGUUAAUGCAUGCAAUGUAGGUAGUGGGAAAGCAAGAAAUAUAAUAGACGUUCAAAUUCAACACAGACAGGGCAAACUAUCAAACAUUAUUAUGUAGAAACUACCACGUAUAAGCUAUUCUGUAAUUUGUUUGACUCUCUACUAGCAGGAUUUUACCUUAUAUCUUGCUAGUAGAAAAAACAAAAUGGCGGCUCAAAAAUUACCGAACGAGAACAUUUUUCUCAAGGAGAAAACAGCAAGUUAUUCGCUUUUAAUAAUCUUAAGAGGAAUAAAAACAGAAUACAAGUACUCCUAGCAUUAUUGUUUACAGGUUAGCAAAUAAAUUUUGUUUGCUAACCGUACUUUCCGAAGGUGGGUAAACCAGGAGUCUAACUCCUGGCCAUAGUGUGUAGUGUUGUUGCAGGAUGAAACCUAAAUUCUACGGCGCGAUAGCUUAAAAACUUCACUGAAGAACUAAAGUUGUUUUUUUAAUCAACAGACGUCGAUUACUUGAACUGGAAGAAGAGAAACAUCACGAGGAAGCGAGAAUCCGCGAGGCAGAAGAAGCUGUUCAGCGGAUGGCACGUGAACGUGAGUACCGGGAACAGAUGCGGAGAAUAGCCGAAGCACAACAGGCCAAACUGGAAAAACAGGAAAUGGAACGGCGCGCGAAGGAGGAAGCAGAACGCGCGGCAAUCGAGGAAGAACGCAAACGUCUCGAACACGAAGCGCAAAUGCGUGAAAAAGAGGAACAAAAACGCGUUCACGAAUUGCGUCAACAGGAAGCGAUUGCGCGUAUUCGUGCCGCGCACGAGGCCUCCAAGAGAAGGGCCUGGGCACUAAGGCGGCGAGCUCAAAACACGGAACGGAUGGCGAAUCUGAGAUUCACCAGACAAACACAGAAAUUGACUGACGCUUUUACAUUCUCCUACCACGUGCAGGUACCGCGCGAGGUCUGGGAACUACCCUACGACUGGAACUCGAAAAAGAAGCGAGGGUCGUUCAGACCCAAGAGGAAAAAACAAAGUGGCGAAAAGAAGACAUAGUGUUAGUAUGGAUCGUCCAUAUCUAAGGGGAAUGGGAUGAGAAAUCGACGGUUUCUAUGGUCAUGAAUUUUCAUCUCCCUACUGGCUAAACAGGAAACCUGUUCAUUUUGACAAUCCCCUAACUUCCGCCCCCAAAGUUAAAAGGUCUAAGAAAUAACGGGACAUCAUGACCAUCGAAAGCCUGCGUAUUUUUCGGAGAUUUACAGCAAAUUUUGUCAUUAAAAUUAACGAUAAGUUAUUGCAAAUAAGUGUUCUUUAUUUAAUAGUAUAAUGUUUUUGUCACUAAAGUAUCCUUUCAGAAUUAAAUAAGUUCUAUUAUACAAUUUUCUUUUAAUCUUAAAUAUUUAAUAUAUUCUUGAAGUGUACUACACUUUGUUAUUUAAAUUAUACUAUCGCCUGACUCUCGUUAUUUUUUCACUUAUUCAAUAGAAAUCGUUCAUAUUGUAAAAUUUAAUUCCAAUAAUAUAAAUGAAACAUAAGUCCCAGUAUGGUUCUUUUUCUUCGAUAUUCUGUUUUCACUUGUUGCCAAACAUUUUCAUUUCGUUUCCUACUACUUAGCGAUAUGCCCCUUCAAAAUCACAUCUUCGCUAAUGCCUUCCAUUUGUGUCGGAUUUUCUCGGAGAUACUCGACAAGUUCGUCGAAGGUCGUAAAGUUUCGUGGUUCGGAACCGCAUACAGCAACGAAGUUUUCAUUUCGGCGGUUGACGGAAAUGUGUCGGAAUUUGGGUUCAGCAUUCGGGGUUCGUACGCUGAUGUAGAAUUCUCCCAUAUCCAAUCCCGAGCGAACCAGGAAUGUCCCUUCGUUAUCGUUAGCAUCCAGCAAGUCUUCAGCCUUGGAGCGGGAGAUUGAACCGUGGAACCAAGGACAGGAAUCGAGCU